AUUCUUCGUCAAAGAUACUUCGCAGGUACCUUCAACAGACCUUUCCACAUGAAUCCUUCUUAUCCAUCCGAACUACUUGAAGCAAUCGGUCCAUCGAUCGAUUGGAAAUAUGAGAUGAGAAGAGAAGCACAAGAAGUCUUACCUUCAGUUUUCGUUGGACCUUACCAAGCUUCCAAAGAUCUAAACGCUUUAACAAGCUCAUCGAUUACUCAUAUAUGUUGUAUAUCCGAAAACCGCGAAUCUCACUUACUUAAACCUAGGUUCCCUCGUCAAUUUCAGUACUGUGUACUUGAUAUUAGAGAUGCAACAGAUCAAAACUUGAUUUCAAUUUUCCCUGAAGCUUUGCGAUUCAUAAAUGGAUGUGUCAAUUCAGGUGGAAAAGUCUUGGUACAUUGCGGGGAUGGAUUAAGCAGAUCACCAGCUGUGGCAACUGCUUAUGCUAUGUCAAGAUAUAAAAUGACAUCUGAAGAUGCAUUCCAGUUUAUUCAAAGUCGACGGUUCUGUGCAUCUCCAAAUCUAGGUUUCUUACGUCAAUUAGAUGCAUACGAUUUUAUUUGUCAAGCCGAAAGGUCUUUUCCAAAUUCGAUACCAGACUCUAAUGAUUUACGAAGAAAACGUUCGGAUUCGAUUGAUGAGAUUCAUAACUCUACUCUUGGACAACCAUCGAGACAAACGCAAAUUGAUCCAGAUGCUCAUCAAAGGGUACCAGCCUGGGGAGGAGUAAAUCGUUGAAGAACCUCUCUCUCUAUCCGCUAUCUCAGAUUACAAUCAUCAUCUCUAAAAAAACAGGAAACCGAAUAGAGAUGUAGCGCGAGACAAAUCUUAAGUCUUCGCAAUCCGAUCCUAACAAUAACUCACAAAGAAACCAUAAAUGAACUCUAGGAUACUAAACUAAGAAACCUCCCAAAAACAAAACACGCACAAUCUUUCUCAUCCUCUUGUCUUCCAUCUUCACAGUUAUAUUUGUUGUAUAAGUGAUUUUGAGCUAUUGAUAAACUGUUGUGUCAGUGAGAACCGAUUUCUUUUUUGGUGUCGAGAUGGAAUAUAAACAUUCCCUAAACGAUCUCGGCACUUAUUU